AAGCCACAUCUUUUUAACAAUUUUCACACUUUUCCGGUUCACUGUCAAUUAGUGAAUCUACCACUCUCGUGCUGCCGACAGUUUCCCAAUUCAAAUAUCUGAAAACUGAAUCAAUUACAAUCAAAUUGAAAUCAAUUUUUUUUUUUUUUAUCAAUCAUUCACUGAAAGAAAGUAUGAACAAACAGUUAGACUUAGAACAAGUAUUGAGAAAAUCAUGGUACCGGUUACGAUUAUCGGUUCGUUCGCCAUCUAGGGUUCCGACAUGGGAUGCUAUUGUUUUAACGGCGGCUAGCCCUGAACAAGCAGCGCUUUAUCAAUGGCAACUCAAACGAGCUGUACGGAUGGGUCGGAUCUCCGAUUCUACUGUUACUCUUGCUGUACCCGACCCGGAUGGCCACCGGAUCGGUUCUGGUGCAGCCACUCUCAAUGCCAUUCUCGCUCUAGCCAAUUAUUAUAACAAUUCUCAGCUGGCUUUAACGGGAUAACGUUUAUGCUCAGCAGGUAGCAAACGACGGUAACGAUGGAUCUUAUAUGCCCAGUGAAAGCUCCGAGACUGAAGUUUCCGCAUCGAUGAUUGACUUUCUAAAAAAACAACAUAUAUUACUGCUGCAUGCAGGUGGUGACUCUAAGCGGGUCCCAUGGGCAAAUCCUAUGGGGAAAGUCUUCUUGCCGCUUCCAUAUCUUGCAGCUGAUGACCCCGAUGGACCCGUACCCUUGCUUUUUGAUCAUAUACUUGCAAUAUCUUCCUGUGCUAGACAAGCUUAUAAAAAUGAAGGUGGGCUGUUCAUCAUGACUGGUGAUGUGCUUCCAUGUUUUGAUGCAUCUUCUAUGGUUCUACCGGAAGAUACCGCCUGCAUCAUCACGGUCCCCAUCACUCUCGAUAUCGCUUCCAAUCAUGGUGUUAUUGUGGCAUCAAAAACUGGGAAUUCAGAUGAAAGUUUUUCAGUUAAUCCUGUUGCAAAUCUACUUCAAAAACCUAGCGUACAGGAGCUUAACAACCACCAUGCACUACUUGAUGACGGUAGAACAUUGCUUGAUACCGGUAUCAUAGCGGUUAGAGGUAAAGCUUGGGAAGAUCUUGCUACGCUUUCGUGUUUGAGCCAACCGUUCAUCUCACAACUGCUGAAUACUAGAAAAGAGAUGAGUUUAUAUGAAGACCUUGUAGCCGCAUGGGUACCAGCAAAGCACGAAUGGUUAAAAUCAAGACCUUUGGGUGAAGAACUUGUGAGAAGAUUGGGGAAACAAACCAUGUAUAGCUAUUGUGCUUAUGAUCUGUUGUUCUUGCACUUUGGAACAUCAAGUGAAGUUUUAGAUCACUUAAGUGGGACCGGUUCAGGACUUGUGGGCCGAAGGCAUCUCUGUUCCGUUCCCGCAACGACGAUGUCCGAUAUUGCAUCAUCUGCUAUUAUAAUUUCUAGCAAAGUUUCACCCGAUGUAUCAAUCGGUGAUAAUUCUCUCGUAUACGAUUCAUCAAUUUCAAGUGGAGUACAAAUCGGUUCCCUAUCUGUGGUAGUUGGUGUUAAUUUACCUGAGAAAACGGAUAAAUUUCUUCUUCCUGAUCGGCAUUGUCUUUGGGAGGUACCUUUAAUCGGCUGUACUGAACGGGUGAUCGUGUAUUGUGGUCUUCACGAUAAUCCCAAAAUUCCCGUUUCGGAAAACGGUACGUUUUGUGGAAAACCAUGGGAGAAGGUUCUAGAAGAUCUCGGAAUUUACGAAAAUGAUUUAUGGAGUUCUCGAGAAAUGUGUUUAUGGAAUGCGAAACUUUUUCCGGUUCUUCCGUAUUUUGAUAUGCUUCGUCUUGCAAACUGGCUUAUGGGGCUAGAAAAUAACGAGGAAAACGAAGGGUUUUAUAAUUUAUGGAAAAUGUCUAAACGGGUCAGCUUAGAGGAGUUGCAUAGAUCGAUUGACUUCCCGCAAAUGUGUUUAAUUUCCAGUAAUCAUCAAGCGGAUCUUGCGGCUAAAAUUGCUAAAGCGUGUCUUACGUUUGGUUUGCUUGGGAGAAAUUUAUCGCAGUUGUGUCAAGAGAUUUUGCAAAUGGAAGAUUCCGGAGAGAAAAUAUGUACAAAUUUUUUGGAAUUGUGUCCGAAUCUACAGACGAAAAAUUCCAAAAUUGUCCCUAAAAGCCGAGCAUACCAGGUGCAGGUUGAUCUUCUACAUGCAUGUGGUAAUCGUGAAAAGGCGAUCGAAGUUGAACACCAAGUAUGGGCUGCUGUUGCCGAUGAAACCGCUUCAGCAGUCAGAUAUGGUUUUAAAGAGCAUCUCUUUCAAUCCCCCAAUCAGACAUCAUCUAACGGAAAUGGGAGCAAUAAUGUGGGUCAAAGUCAAACUUUCUUCCACAAAAAAGUCAAAGUUGAGUUACCUGUUCGAGUCGACUUUGUCGGUGGUUGGAGUGAUACUCCACCAUGGAGCUUAGAACGUGCUGGAUGUGUUCUCAAUAUGGCGAUAACUUUGGACGAUUCUCUCCCUAUUGGAACGGUUAUAGAAACUACGCAAACGCCUGGAUUAUUAAUUACCGAUGAUGCUUCAAAUGAGCUAUAUAUAAAAGAUAUUUCCUCUAUUGCGGCCCCAUUUGACGAUAAUGACCCGUUUCGGUUAGUCAAGUCUGCUUUACUUGUUACGGGCGUUGUUCAUGAUAAGAACAUGGGUCCGGAUACCUCCAUGGGUUUACGGGUCAAAACAUGGGCCAGGAUUCCUCGUGGAAGUGGGCUGGGGACUUCUAGCAUUUUAUCUGCAGCUGUUGUGAAAGGGCUUCUUCGUCUUUUUGAUGGAGAUGAAAGUAAUGAAAACGUUGCUAGACUUGUGUUGGUACUUGAACAGAUAAUGGGCACUGGUGGUGGCUGGCAGGAUCAAAUUGGCGGUUUAUACCCCGGUAUAAAAUUUACCACCAGUUUUCCAGGAAUACCCCUGCGUCUUCAAGUUAUUCCGCUUUUGGCUUCUCCUAGAUUAGUUACUGAGCUGCAGGAACGGCUGCUUGUUGUUUUUACUGGUCAGGUUCGGCUUGCACACCAAGUACUCCAAAAGGUUGUAGCUCGAUAUCUCCAAAGGGAUAAUCUUCUUAUAUCAAGCAUCAAACGUCUUGCUGAGCUGGCAAAAACCGGGAGGGAAGCUUUAAUGAACUGCCACAUAGACGAACUUGGGGAGAUAAUGAUGGAGACUUGGAGGUUGCACCAAGAGCUUGAUCCCCACUGCAGUAACCAGUUUGUUGAUAGCCUUUUUGCUUUCGCUGACCGUUAUUGUUGCGGGUACAAGCUUGUUGGUGCUGGGGGUGGAGGUUUUGCACUACUACUAGCUAAAAAUGUCGAAAAUGCCCUCCGAUUGAAACGUGCGCUUGAAGGAAACCGUGAGUUUGAUGUUAAGGUUUAUAAUUGGAGUGUAUGUUUAGAUACGUAGAGAAAAGUUGUUUUGAUUCGUGUGCAACAUUUGUAAUCUUGUAACCUUGAAAUCUUUAGGAUUGUAAAUUGUAAUACGCAUGUAUUUUUUGUUUGGGCUGAAUAAAUAAAUGGCUGUUCAUUUCUUCUA